AUGAAGUUUCAGGCCAUCCUUUCCUUGGCUGGUCUUUUCAGCAUUUGCACUUGUGUCCCUGUCUACCAGCCACAGAUUGGAAUAAUUACAAGUAACAGUAAUGAGAUUUUGGGUCUUAACAGACUCACUCUGGCAGGUGUUGUUUUGGGUCAAGCACAGGGUACCCAAUUUCUUUCCCCUUUCCUCAUCCAGCAGCAGCCCCCACAGGUGCUGAACUUUAACCCUCCAGUGCCAGGACCCUUUUUGCCCCCUCAAAUAAACCAGUUGAACCCAGCUCAGAUGCCUCCGUUGCAGCAGGAGCAGCCUGUAACUCUCCUUGUUCCCAAUAAUGCCUUACCAUCACAGAAUCCUGUUUUCCCAUACUUCCUGACUAAUCUAUUUCCUCUGAGGAACUACCUUGUAAGACUGCCACCGAACCAGAACGCUGGCUCAAAUGUUCAAUACCAGGCUACCAACCAACCAACACAACCAGUCCAGAAUGCAGGAAAUGCAGCGAACCCGGGUGUGACACCUGCUCCUGAUUACUGUGGUGAUCGUCCAGGUCUUGGAACUGGAGAGCAGGUAGGGUGCAUGGGUCGUUUUGGCAUGCACAUGCCUGCGUUGAGAGGCAAUAUUUUUCCUGUAGCUGCACCACAACCUGUUGUACCUGUUAGCUCGCUACAACCGGUCAAUACCUUCCACACCAAUACCUUCCCUGCCACUGGAAUGGCAUAUUCAGCCACUGCUGAGGUCCAGCCACCCAGUGUUGUAGCCUUGCCAUCUAGUGUGGAUGCCGUAACCGCUACAGGUGGAUCCCACCCAAACUAUAGAGUGAUGACUGGUGGGACAGCUAGUCUGCAGGACCAUGAUCGAAUGCCUUGUGAUAGUGGCCAGUCUGCAGAAAACCCAACAUGGGAUCUUCGGCUUCAAGUCAUGGGACUUCCAUGA